AUGGAAGCAGAAAACCACACAGAACUAUCAGAAUUCCUACUAUUGGGACUCUCACAGGAUUCUAAACUCCAGCCCAUUGUCUUUGGGCUGUUCCUGUCCAUGUACCUGCUCACUGUGCUCGGGAACCUGCUCAUCAUCCUGGCCAUCAGCUCUGACUCCCACCUCCACACCCCCAUGUACUUCUUCCUCUCCAACCUGUCCUUCACUGACAUCUGUUUCACCUCCACCACUGUCCCAAAGAUGCUUGUGAACAUCCAGACUCACAGCAAAGACAUCUCCUACACAGGGUGCCUCACACAGCUGUAUUUUUUUAUGAUUUUUGCUGGAUUAGAUAAUUUCCUCUUGACUGUGAUGGCCUAUGACCGAUAUGUGGCCAUCUGCCAUCCCCUGCACUACAUGCUCAUCAUGAACCCCUGCCUCUGCAUCCUGUUGGUUGUGAUGUCUUGGUUCAUCAUUUUCUGGGUAGCCUUGGCUCACAUUCUACUGAUGAAGAGACUGACCUUCUCUACAGGCACUGAGAUUCCACAUUUCUUCUGUGACCUGGCUCAGCUUCUCAAGGUGGCCUGCUGUGAUACCCUCAUCAAUAACCUCUUUGUGUAUGUGACGACGGCACUCCUGGGUGUGUUUCCUGUCACAGGGAUCCUCUUCUCUUACUCCAGGAUUGUCUCCUCUUUAAUCAGGAUGUCCUCCACUGCAAGCAAGUAUAAAGCAUUUUCCACCUGUGGUUCUCACCUCUGUGUGGUCUCCUUGUUUUAUGGGACAAGCCUUGUGGAAUACCUCAGUUACGCUGUGACCCGAUCUUCCCAGAGUAGCUCAAUUGCCUCAGUGAUGUACACUGUGGUCACCCCCAUGCUGAACCCCUUCAUCUACAGCCUGAGGAACAAGGAUGUGAAGGGGGCCCUGGGAAGACUCCUUAGCAGAGCAGCCUCUUGUCCUUGA